AUGCAAUUCCUUUUAAACAGGGAUUUAUUAAAAGAUUGCGAGAAUGCUGACACAAUAAGUAUAGAUACGUUAGCUCUUGAAGAAGUUUUAAAUGAGGAAAGGGCAAAAGAAAUUUCUGAGUUACAUACUUUAAGUGAAAAAGUCUCCUACCUUCACACUAGUUUAAUUUACUACAGAAAUGCUAAAUCAAAAAUGGGUGCUACAUGUUACGAAGCUUGGAAAACCCUUGUUAAAAAGGUCGGAGGAUCACCUAAUACUUGGAAGGAACUCGGAUAUGCUCUGGGUAUUAAACAGGAAGAUUUAGAUUACAUAACAAAUUCUAUUAAGGAAGAUCCAGCAGAUAUAGUAAUUAAAGUUUUCAUACAAAAUGAAACGGCAACUUUAGAUAAAAUAAUUGAUGCUUUUGUGAAAAUGAAGAGGUAUGAUAUAUUAAAAGCUUUAGAAGAACCAUUUUGUAAUUUAGCACAAUGUUUUAAUAAUGAAGAUAGUGGUUAUCACAGUACCAGUAAGACAGUGGGUACUAAAGAAAUUGUGAGCUUUAAAAAUUAUAAGAACGACUUGCCACCAGCUUUAAAUAUAAAUUUUGUUACAAAAGAUAGUGAUAGAAAUCCUAAUCAGCCAUCAUUGAGGCCUUCUAAGAAGACUGAAAACAAAAAAGUUGAUAAUGACUGUCCUAUAUUAUUUUUAACGUAUACCGAAGAUGGUUUAGACACUGCUCUUAAUAUUCAUCAGUAUGUUAAUAACUGGGAUUCUCCUAAAGUAGAAGUCUUAACACUUAGUGGCAGAAGGGAGGAUGUGUAUCCAAAUCCAGAGAAAUUUAUUAGGGAAUAUUUUGAAAAGGCUGACUUCAUAGUGCCAAUUAUAACUACGGGUUAUCUCGAAAGAAUUAAAUCCCACUCUCCUCAAGUUCCCAGUACAAAUGAUAAUUUAGAUUUCAAAUAUGUUAAUUUUAUAUACAAUUUAAUAAUAAGUCAUUACAUCCAUGCAACGGGAUGUCUGAAUGAAAAAGUUAGGAGUGUGUUGCCUUCAAAUGCAGAUGUAGAUGUUUUAAGAGAAAUCACAAUGUACCCUGACUUGUUACCGUGGACAUAUGAAACAAGUUUUGAUGAUAACUUCAAAGCAUUUUUAAAAAAAGAUGAUGAAUAA